UCUCGCUGCGGUCUUAAUUAUUUUUGAAGAGAUUUUUCAAAAGUUAAGGUUUUUUUACUAAAAUUUUUUGGUUGACUUUUCUAAUUCAAACCAGAAGAUGUCGGGCACAGUGAAAUGUCUGCAAAUUACAGUAUCUAUACUGUGCCUUUUGCUCUUGGCUCUAGGCAUAACGAUCUUAGUCCGUGCUGUUAUGGACUACCAGGAAGUUCCGGAAAAUACUGCAUAUUUCUGUCUAUCGCCUUCAUCCUGGCUGUCAUUACGGUCAUCAUUGGAUUUGUAGCCUCAGCUUUCAUAGUAUCAACUGUAGACGCUGUCUUUAGAAACCACCUUCUUUUCUACCAUAAGAUGGGCAGCAGCAAGUCAUUCAUAGACCACGUACAGAAAGAAAAUAAAUGCUGCGGCUACAACAACCAUGAGGAUUGGUGGAUAUCGGAAGUGCCUGAAUUCACCGUGAACAAUGGUCUCCUGCCUUCAACUUGUUGCGAACCGCACGCCGAAAACAUGUGCCAGUUUCACGGAAUUCAAUCUAGAAAAGUUUUUACUCAGGGGUGCAAGCAUUUUGUCGAGACGACGACGAAUUUAUAUCUCAUUGCAAUUAUGGCUAGCAUCACGGCCAUCGCUCUGUUAACUUUCCAUAAUUUGAAACAGUGGAAAGAUGUCAGCGUCAGUGAAGUGCCUCCAGAUCAGUGUUUCCAUACUCUGCAUCCUACUCAUGUUGGCAACAUAGUCACAAGUGCAAUCAUCGUUGCGGUUGCAAUUUUUGGACUUCUUGGGGCCAUUAUGAAGAAUUCAUGCCUACUCAUCAUUUACUGCAUAGUUUUGGCCUGUACCUUAGUGAUCUGCAUCAUCUUCAUAGUAGCCACCUUGUUUUUCGGCAGCGUGUUGUCAUCCAUAGUGGUGCAGGCAAGUUUCCCGCAAAUGAUUAAAAAUUAUAAAGAUCCAGGCACGAAGAAAACAAUCGAUGAUUUUCAAAAGAAGUAUCUAUGUUGCGGAUACGAAAGCUUUGAAGACUUCUGGAUAGAUGAAUUAUCGCCUGAGUUUACUAGAAAAAAUAAUUAUUUGCCGAAGUCAUGCUGUGGAUCUAGUGUUAGAACGUGCCAACAUUUGGAUUCUACGCUUUUCAGCAAACCAUGUAAGCCAUUUGUCGAUCAGUCAAUGGCUAAAGUCGUCCCAUGGGCUUUUUAUUUAAUAGCAAUUGUCUUUGGCAUCAUAGCUCUUUCUGUACUUAUCUCUUUGAUACUUGCCUCGAUUCUGACCAGCAAAAUUCGAAGCGGAUACGGAAUGGCUUGA